GAAAACUUCUUGAAUAUAAUACAUUGAGUAUCAAUGAAUUGAAUACAAGGUUAUCCUGUUAUCAAAGAUCCCAUUGGAAGAAACAAUACAAAUUAUAUUCCAACAUGCCGAACUUCUUCCUCUGCCCAAGAACGAACUCAAACAACUCUUACUUAUGUGCACCAAAGACGUACAGUUCCAGUUCAACAACAUUCUGUACCGCCAAAUUGACGGAGUCGCCAUGGGAAGCCCCCUGGGUCCGAUUCUGGCAGAUAUUUUUAUGGGUAGUCUCGAACAAACAAGGCUGAAAUCCACAAUCAGUCAGACCGACUUUUAUACCAGACACGUUAUCAAUGCUACCCAAGUGUGGAUGUAAAGGAAUUCGAAGUUGUGCCGUUUGCGAAGUCAACAGUAGUAUUCCAGACAGUUUUGGCCAACAGGUUUCCGAAUUCACCUUUUGCUCUAAAUGUUGUAUAGCAGAAAUUGAAAAGUCUAGUUUAUCAGGUGAAGCUCAUACACAUGAAAAUGGUUUCUCUUUUCCCGGUGUUGAAGUUAUACAAGAUUUUGUUAGUGAAAGUGAAGAAGCUAUGCUGAUUAGUGCAAUUGAUGAACAACCAUGGUUUUUAUCUCAGUCUGGCAGAAGAAAACAGGAUUAUGGACCUAAAGUAAAUUUUAAACGACAAAAAGUUCAUGUUGGUGAAUUUCGCGGUUUACCCGCAUAUUCUAAAUUUCUUAUUACUCGAUACAAUAAUCAAUUAAAAGAAAAAAUACCUCCUGGUCAAGAAUUUCUUCCAGUGGAAUUAUGCAAUUUAGAAUAUAGAUCAGAUCGUGGUGCUUGUAUUGUACCUCACUUUGAUGAUUCAUGGUUAUGGGGUGAACGACUGGUGACGCUUAAUUUAUGCGGUUCAACUUGCCUAACUUUUACACUCCCUUCAAAUGAUAUUAUUGUAAACGGGAUAAAUGACGAAAUUCAACGUAUUCAAUCAUGUUUAUCAAGAGAGAUAUUAACAGAUAAUACGAUUUGUAUACGUGUACGACUGGAUAGACGCUCGUUAGUUGUAGUCAGUGGACCAGCACGAUAUUUAUGGCAACAUGAAAUCAGACGGUCAGAUAUACCAACUAGACGAAUUGCUAUGACAUUUCGUGAAUUAAGCGAUAUAUUCACUCCACGGACUCAUGAUAAUUUAACCAGUGAACAAACUAUUGGCAAAGAACUCUUACAAAUUGCUUCCACAUAUAAUGGUCGUAUAUGUAAUAAACAAAGUGUGUAA